CAAUUACAGGGGAAGAAUUUCGUAAAAUACUGAGUGAAAAAAAGAGAAAGAAGGAGGAAGAGGAGGCUGAAAAGCAAAGGCGCAAAGUGCAAAGGGAACAAAAACGUCUUGAAAGGGAAAAAGAGAAACAAAUUAAGGCCGAGCAGCGUCUUCUGAAGAAAAAACAGAAGGAGGAGGAAAAGGAAAAAUUGGCCAAAAUGAAAAGUAUCAUUAAAAAAAUAAAAAAGGCCGAGGUCGUAUAUUCUGAUGUCGAAGGUAGUGAUUUCUCCGUGCAGGACGACUCCGAUGAUAACAUGCCAAUUGACCCAAACAAGUGUUACAGAUGCGAUGGUACUGAUGAUGAUUCUGGGUGGAUUGGUUGUCAGCGUUGUUUCCGUUUCUUUCAUAGAAAAUGUACAGAUAUUGAGUUUGAAAUAAUGUCAGAGGAGGAGAUUCAAGGGUUUCCUUUUGAAUGUCUCUACUGUUAA